AUCUCUGCAGACACGGACACGGGCUCAAAACAGUCGAGCUCUCCAAUCCGGACUCACUUUCACACCUUGGACUGGGGACUUUCUACCUGCAAGCAAAAUGUGUAAAGGUCUGGCGGCGCUGCCUGCGACAUGUUUAAAGAGUGCCAAGGAUAUGAAACAUCGUUUUGGCUUCCUUCUACAGAAAUCAGACUCUCUUAGUGACCAUACCAACAGUGCCCAUAAGAAAGACAAAUCAGUGGCAUCCAAGCAGGUUAGUGUCACCGAGGCUAAGAAAUGGGGACAGUCCUUGGAGCAUUUGAUCAGUAAUGAAGAUGGCGUGGCAGCUUUUAAUGCUUUCCUGAAAUCAGAAUUCAGCGAAGAAAAUAUUGAGUUCUGGGUGGCUUGUGAGGAAUACAAGAAAAUCACCUCACCUGCAAAAAUGAUAACCAAGGCCAAAAAAAUUUAUGAACAGUUUGUAGCCGUUCAGUCUCCAAAAGAGGUUAAUCUUGACUCGUCUACCCGAGAGGAGACCAGCAGAAACAUCCAAGAACCAACCAGCUCCUGCUUCGAUGAGGCCCAGAGACGCAUCUUCCUACUUAUGGAGAAAGACUCUUAUCGGAGGUUCCUGAAAUGUAAGCUCUAUCAAGACAUGAUUCAAGAGCCAGGGUGCAACAGCGGCAGCUGUGGUGCACAAAAGAAUGGAAAACAGUACAACUCGGACAUCGGGCCAUUGCUUCCUCUGUGUGCUUAAAACUACUGGCUUAAUGCACUCCAUCUGUGUGUGCGUCAGUGCAUUGUGUGUGCAUAUAUAGAUACAUAUACACGUGUGUGUGUGUGUGUGUGUGUGCGUGUGCAUAUAUACAGUAUGUAUAUGUACAGUAUAUGCAUGUUGAAGCCAAGUGUCUAUCUGUGCUUACUUGAAAAUAGGGUGUCCGAGCUGAUUGUGUAAUGUGAACAAUUUAAGAGAUUAAAAAAUGAACGCAAAGAAAGUAUUUAAAAUUUGAAAAGAAUCUGUAGAAUUAAAAUAAUCGGCAAAGAAAAGCAUAGCUCUCCUUUUAGGUUAUCAGCUCAGAAACUCUAUUUAAUUUCUUUGACUGUACAAAAAACUAAAAAUAUGUAAAACGAAAUCCUCAUGUUGCUGGAUGUCCGGGCUUUGUUAAUUUCUUUUUUUUUUUUUUUCUUGUAUUUAUUGGAAGUGAUAAGGAGAUCCAGCAAUGACAGCAUCCCAUUAUGGGAAAAAAAAGCUUAACGAGAUAUGUAGCAGCGAGCAAGAUGGCCAGACAAGGCUGACAAUGUGCAAUGAGAUAUGAAAUUGUGUGUCCUUCUACAAAGCCUGAUGGCAAACUUAUGUCUUUUGUUCAAUAUCGAUAGGAAUUCAAAUGUCUGUUACACCUGUACACCGAUACAAAGGCAUAGGGCAGCCAUAUGCACAUUCAUGCAUUCAUACGCACAUGUAUUUACAUACAAACAUAUAGCUACAGACUGGAAGAACGUUAAUCUGUCUACAUGCACUUACACAUAUCUAAGCAUAAAUACAUGUAGAGUGUGCAUACAUACAGCACGCAUGCACACACCGGUUCCUCCCUUGACCAAUUCAAGGCUACGGCGGACAGAUCUUAUCCAGGUACGAGUCGGGAACCAACUCUCGAUAGGCAGGCAGGCAGGCAGACAGUGUGGUGUGGUGUGAUGGUCCUCAAAUAUUGAGGUUGUGACUUCAGAUCCCACUUCUGACACCAUGUGACCAUGAGCAAGACGAAUAAUCGAAAAAACGAGAAAUCUAAGCAACUGUCAGUCAGCCAAACAAGAAUGCAUAAGUGUGUGCAGUACAUACUUGCAUAUAUGCUUAAGUAUAUUCAUGUGUAUAUUUUCAACUCCUGUAACUUCAUGUGUACAAACAUAUAAAGAUAGAUGCAUGCAUUUGCACAUAAGUAUGUAGAGUUCAUAAAUAAGUGUAGAUACUCGUACAUAAAUGUAUACACAUAAAAAUAACUGCAGUCGUAAAUAAAUGCAUGCAUACACAUACUAGUAUGUACUUACAUGCCUAUAGUGUGCAUGCAUACCUGACGUACCUUACAUACACUGUGUAUAAGUAUACAGACAUACUGUAUAUGUACACAUUACAAGGAGUACAGGAGUGCACCAGGCAGCCCCUCUGACGUGUGUACCACCUCCCAGUUCCUCCAUCCUGCUGCUUUCUCUUACAAUAUGCAUCCCUAUCAUGGCAAGCUGAAUUAACAUUUAGAGAUGUCUCAAAAUUAAUUUUAAGAUAUGUGGAAAUGCAUUUUAGAUACUGUAUCUCAAAUUGAAUUGCAGAGAUCUAUUUUAAGAUAUCUAAAAAAGAUUGUAUAUCUCAAAUAAUGCAUUUCAAGAUAUCUUAAAUGCAAUUCGAGAUAUCUUAAAAUAACUUCCUGUGCAUUUCGAGAUAUCUCAAACAUCCAUCCAUCCAUCCAUUUUCCAACCUGCUGAACCCGAACACAGGGUCACGGGGGGUCUGCUGGAGCCAAUCCCAGCCAACACAGGGCACAAGGCAGGACCCAAUCUCGGGCAGGGUGCCAACCCACCGCAGGACACACACAAACACAUUCACACACCAAGCACACACUAGGGCCAAUUUAGAAUUGCCAGUCCACCUAACCUGCAUGUCUUUGGACUGUGGGAGGAAACCGGAGCGCCCAUAUCUCAAACACUUCCUCUAAAAUUUCCUAUUUCUUUCAAUGAGACUUUCUGUCUAUUUUAAGAUAUCUUAAAAUGUAUUUGAGAAAAUCUAAAAUGCACAGGAAGUCAUGUUGAGAUAUCUGAAAAUGAAUUCGAGAUAUCUGAAAAUGAGUGGGAAGUUAUUUUAGGAUAUCUCGAAAUAUAAUUAAGAUAUCUUAAAAAGCAUUUAAGAUAACUUAAAAUUCACUGUUGUUUGAGAUAUCUAAAAUACAUUUUUAGAUAUGUAAUAUUCAUUUCAUGAUAUCUUAAAAUGGGUUUCUGCUCCAUUUCUGAUAUCUUACAACUUGAAAUAUUUAGAAAUACAUUGUAUUUCAAGAUAUCUAAAGUACAUUUUAAGAUCUUUAAAAAGACACUUAAUUAUUUCAAUAUAUCUCAAAAGCAAUACAAUUUAGUUUUGUAUAGCCCAAAAUCACAAUACAAUUUAAGAUAUCCCAAAUACAUUUUCAGAUAUCUCAAAAUCACUUCCUGCUCAUUUCAAGAUAUCUCAAAUACAUUUUUAAGAUUUCUUAUAAUAAACAGGAAGUCCCAUUGAAAGAAUAGGCAUUUUUACAGGAAACGGUUUUGAGAUAUCUUGAAAUGCAUUUGAGAGACCUUUAAAAUGCACGAUAGGUCAAUUUAAGAUAUCUGAAAAUUCAUUUGAAGAUCACUCGAAGGGCAGGCACGGUUAUUUGGAGAUAUUUGAAAAUGUCUUUGAGAUGUCUUGAAAUCCAUUUGGGAUAUCUCAAAAUGUAUUGCAGAUAUCUUAAAAUGUAAAGGAAAUUAUUUUAAAAUCUCUCAAAGCAAGUUUCAGAUAUCUUAAAAAGUAAAUUACAUUUUAAGAUAUCUGAAAUUCAUUUUGAGAUAUCUCUAAAUGUUAAUUUGGCUUGCCAUUACCCCUAUAUACCUUCAUGCGCAGGUAUCUAUUAGCAUGUGAACAUUUGAAGUUUUGUAUGUUUACAGAUUCCUCUCUGAUUUUUUUUUUUGCUAAAUUUUUCCAAUUUCGGAUUCUUAUUCUUUCAUCAGCUUUUUCGAAAAAUAAUUGUGUUUUCUUUCAAAGGCAAUUGAUCUUUUUUUAAAAAUGUAUUGGAAAAGCUCCCCGAUUUCAAACGUCCCCAGUGUGUUGAUCUUUGUGCUGACUUUCUCCUAAAUUACUGCUGUCAGCUUAGUAGCAAACAGCACCCCCCACCACACACACACACACAUACGCACACGUGAAUACACACAUGAACACACACACACAACACUUACCACAUGUAGUAACCGACAUAAAAUGGUCUGCCUUGGUGUUGUAGAAGGCUUUGCUGAAACUGUCAUUUACAAUGAUUUUAUGUGUCCAUGUCAUUUUUUGUUUUACUUUGUGCUGAAUUUAUGGUAUUGCACAUAUCUUAUUUUUAUAUUUUCAUAAAAUAUGAUUUUGUAGUAAAGUUGCACUGUUUCUAUUCGUGGAUUUUUCCCAUUUUCUUUAUCCGGUGAUGAUGUGUUGUCUAAGGGUGCCUUCCAUUAUCUCAGUGGACUUGUAUGUUAAGAAAAUGUGGCCCAUCUGGGCAAUUCCCUGAGGCUCUCUGCAUAGAAAGUGGGGAUUCACCAAUAGGACUUGUCGGAAUGGAGGUGGGUGUGUCAGCGCUAGCCAAUGAGAUUUAUGAUGCUCAGCAUCUCCUUUUCGUCUUUUCUCGUAUCAGGCAUGGAGCCGAUUAGUCGACAAAUAUCCCACUGCUGUUCUGCUGCACAGUGAGCUCUCUUGUUAGUCGGGCCAAAUUCCUUUUUAGUUCUGAAUUAUUCUGUUAUUUCGUGACCACAAUUCUGAGCACUCAGGACUUCUUCCUACACUCCACACUGCAUGCUAUCCCACAAAGUGAUGUUGGGACUUUCUAGAUAGAGCAGCUUCCUGCCGACAGGCUGUGUGCGAUAUGCGUCACCAUUGAUGUAAAAGCCUCUUUGUUUGCCUUAAUUGAAAUGCCAUUUUUUUUUAUCAUGACAAGAGUUUAAAUAAAGCUGCCUUUUACUGGCCUUCAUGACUCUC